AUGCAGGACAUCGGAAGUUCCUGUGGUGGUACUUUCGAUCCAAAGCUAUAUUCACCGAAGCAUCGUUUUUGGUAGUUCGUCGGGUGUUUUAAAUUUGUUAGAAUGCACUCUUUUCUUCAAAUCUUAAAUGCAGUGCACGUCUUGUGCAGUUCUCGAGAUAAAGUUCAGAACUAUAAAAAUCAUAAUGUCAGCACAGUUGUUUCAGCGCUGUACAGCCCUGGAUGUUUUGCUUGUAGCAUUCUUGAUGAUAAAUUUUGCCACGUGCGGAUCGAGCCCAAAUUCUAAUUGUGAACCUGCUAAGGAACGAAAUCUGAGGGGAUUCACAUCUUGGGAAGUUAAAUAUGACAGACAAAGAGAUCCGUAUCCAUCACAAUGCAAAUGGGAUAUGCAUCCACCUUCUAAAGAACAUCUAAUAUUUAUACACAUUUUCAAUCUUAAAUUAACAACCGAAGAAAACCAGUGCUCAGCGAAUUUGCUCAUAAAUGGAAUGAAUAUGUGUCGACCGCGAAAGAAAAAUUGUUUAAUCUUUCGCCUCAGUGACAACCAGAAAUGCCAAUCAUUAUUAGAUUCAAAGGAAUACAAACACUGUUCCGGUGAGGAUUGGAAGGAACCUACCUAUUCUAUACAAUUUACGGCUAACUUAUGGGCUGUAGCUGAAAUAAAACAGCAGAGCGUACAUUUUAUAUACAGUUAUUUGGAUUGUUCAGAAAACUACGGUGGAAUUUCUGGAAAGAGUAUAGGUAAAGCGAAAGUUACUUCGUAA